UCGGUUAUUCCUUUCUUACUGGAAGCCGUUGGUUGAGUCGGGCUCCCGCGACUACAAUCUCUCACCUUCCACAACAUGGCACUCGGGUUCGGGUUCGGGUUCGCUGAUCGGAUCUGUUCCGGUAAAUUUGCAUUUUCGUUGCAGAUUAGUAAAAAUUUGGAGGGUCGAGAAUAAGAUUGAAUUCAAACGAAAUGGUGUGUGGAUGAAUGCACAUCACUCCAGUUUUGUUGAUGGGGAAGGAAUUUCUAAAGCUUGCGGGUGCCCUUUACUACCACUUAAAACCGAUAUAGAUGGACCUGCUCCAGUUUUAGAACAAGAUAGCACGGAUAUAGUUGAUGAAGCAAUCACAUUCUACAGAGCUAAUGUGUUCUUCAAAAACAUUGAUAUUCAAAGUUCAGCGGAUAAGCUCCUUAUCUAUUUGAUGUUAUACAUAAAUGUGGUGUUGAAGAGUCUUGAAGGCUGCAGAACUUUAGCGGAAGGUACUAAGGCUAUAAUAAACUUAGGACAUGAAAAUGUUCCUGUACCUGGGGAGAAAGGUUUUCCCUUCCCUUGGUUGUUCAGUUCAACAAAAUCUCAAAAAGAAGCGGAGCUAUUUAGAGAUUACCUGAAGCAAAUAAGGGAGGAGACAAGUUGGAGAGUACUCAGUGUUGCAUUUCGAGCUAAUGGGACUCCGAACAAAUGGUGGCUUGCAUUUGCAAAGAGAACAUUUAUGAAAAUACUUGAUGAUUGAGGCUUAGUCUUGUAAAAGAGAUGCAGAGAAGAUUACAUCUACUCCUCUUGACAAAAUAACUGCUUGUCAAGUUUCAAAAGGCAAGAGAGAUUUCCUUUUUGAACACUUCUGAUCUAUUUACUACUCUAUACAUUUCUUUAAUUUUGGUCUUGAUUAAAUAUCAUCUGUAGAUAGUUGAACUGAAGAUAUAGGCAUUGGUGAAAACUCCAUUUCAUGA